AUGACCUCGCCAAGCUAUAGCAGCCAUUUCUCCAUCGCCAAUAUACCGUUCGGAGUCGCUUCGUCCAAAAGUCAUCCGAUUCAAUGUGUCACUCGGCUUGAAAAUGAAGUCGUCUUCCUCGUGGAGCUACAGCAGUCGGGGAUUUUCACUGAAGUUUCUGGUCUUCCUGAGGGUAUUUUCCAAAAGUCCACACUUAACGAGUACGCGGCCCUAGACAAGUCUAUACAGCGCCAAGUGCGAGCUGUGUUGCAAGAAGUGUUGAAGAAGCCUUUGCCCGCGAACUUCACCGAAGAUAUUAGCGGGGUUACGUUGCAUCUUCCGGUUUCUGUGGGUGGAUUCACGGAUUUUUCGUGUAGUUUGCAUCAUGUUCGCAACGCAGGGCGGGCGAUCAUGAACGACCCUACUCCACCUCCUGGCUUCUUUCAUUUUCCCGUCGGAUACAAUGGUCGUACUAGCACUAUCGUUAUCUCCGGGACCCCGAUUAUUCGGCCGAACGGCCAUUUCUAUGACCGAUCUUCAUCUUCCGAAAAGAAACCGAUCAUAUAUGGCCCAUCUAGAGCUAUGGACUAUGAGCUAGAGAUCGGCUUGAUUGUCGGGAAGAAGCUUGACGCUUCGAAGGGAUUAAAUGCAAAGGAUGCAGAUGAGUAUAUCUUUGGAAUGGUGAUUUUGAAUGACUGGAGCUCCCGUGAUGUCCAAGGUUGUGAAAUGAAACCACUUGGUCCGUUGAAUGGAAAGUCGUUCGGGACAUCCAUCUCCCCGUGGGUGAUCACAUUAGAUGCCCUGGAGCCAUUCAAAGUCCCAGGACCCAAACCAGAGGUUACGUUGGCAAGCCAUUUAGAAGACAUCAGCAUAUCAAGCUAUGACAUCGGUAUGACGGUUGAGAUCAUCGCUGCAGGUCAAGUCUCGACCGUGACCGAAUCCAACCACCAGCACUUGCACUGGAGCGGACGUCAGAUGGCUGCACAUCUUGCAAGCGCGGGUACUGAUCUCGAGACCGGGGAUAUCCUCGGCACGGGGACUGUGAGUGGUCCGGAUGAGGGAACUCUUGGUUGUCUGAUCGAAAUGACCAAGGCAGGGAAAGAGCCUAUCAGACUCGUUGAUGGUUCGACACGCUCAUAUCUAGAGGAUGGCGAUGUAGUUCGCAUGACUGCUAUGGCUGGAGGCGCUGGUUCUGGUGUUGGUUUCGGGGAAUGCGUGGGCGAGUUGAAGCCUGCGCGGAGUCUAUAG